UUCAGAGCAGCUAACAGCGCGAGCUAAUCCGGCUAACAGCUAACGGCUAGCUAGUGGCGCUAUGAUGGCGGAGCUGGUGCAGGGACAGGCCUCGAUGAACCAGCCGGGGCUGAAGUCAGAGGGCCUGGCCGAUGUUUUGCAGCGGGCCCGGCAGAUGGUGGGCAAGCUGGGCGGAGAAGGGAUGUCUCACCUCAACAGCUCCUCAGUAAGUGUCGAGCCCUCGCUGUACUACCCGGGCCAGAAACGACCAGGAGAGGAUGGAGUAGGUAACCAGCUAGCAGCCAUGGGGCAUCAAAGGGUAAUCACAGAGGAUUACAAGGUCCCUGACAGGAUGGUGGGCUUCAUUAUUGGCAGGGGAGGAGAACAGAUCACCAGGAUCCAGUUGGAGUCGGGCUGUAAGAUCCAGAUCGCUCCCGAAGGCGGGGGUCUGAUGGAGCGGCCGUGUUCUCUGACGGGGACUCCGGAGAGCAUCGAGCAGGCGAAGCGGCUGCUGGCCCAGAUCGUGGACCGCUGCAGAAACGGUCCGGGUUUCCAUGGCGAUGGAGAGGGCGGGGCCUCGGUGCAGGAAAUGCUGAUCCCAGCCAGCAAGGUGGGGCUGGUGAUUGGCCGAGGAGGAGACACCAUCAAACAGCUGCAGGAGCGAGCUGGAGUGAAGAUGAUGAUGAUCCAGGAUGGCCCGAUGCCAACGGGGGCCGACAAACCCCUGCGCAUCUCCGGAGACCCGUACAAAGUGCAGGCAGCGAGGGAGCUGGUGUUGGAGGUGAUCCGGGAGAAGGACGGAGACUUCAGAUCGGGUCGCAGUGACUUCGGCGCCCGACUGGGAGGAACCAGCCUGGAUGUUCCCGUUCCCAGGUUUGCUGUCGGCAUUGUGAUUGGCAGAAAUGGAGAAAUGAUCAAAAAGAUCCAGAACGAUGCAGGGGUCCGGAUCCAGUUUAAAGCAGAUGAUGGUGUCAGUCUAGAACGUGUCGCCAUGGUGAUGGGUCAGCCGGACCGCUGUCAGCAUGCUGUCCACCUCAUCAAUGAACUCAUCCAAACAGCACAGGAACGUGAUGGUUUCGGUUCAGCCUUGCGGGGCGGGCGGGUCAGAGGUCGUGGUGAUUGGACUAUGGGCUCUCCAGGCCCCCUACAGGAAGUGACAUACACCAUCCCUGCUGACAAAUGUGGCUUGGUCAUUGGCAAAGGUGGAGAAACCAUCAAGAGCAUUAACCAGCAGUCUGGAGCUCACGUGGAGCUGCAGAGGAACCCCCCACCCUCCACUGACCCCAACACCCGGGUCUUUACCAUCAGAGGCACCGCCCAGCAGAUGGACCUGGCUCGCCAGCUAAUAGAUGACAAGAUCGGGGGUUCGGGUAUCAUGAGUAACGGAGGGUUCGGCUUCAGCCCCUUCACCCAGGGUCCCGCUGCACACCAGAACUGUGGGAGUGGGCAGACCUUCCUGACCGGCGUCUGGGGAAACACCUACCAGACCAGCUGGCAGAACCCAGGACAGCAAGACCCAGCUCAGUCGUCUCAGCAGAGUUCAGUGCCAGACUACACUGCAGCAUUAGCAGAAUACUACAGACAGCAGCAGCAGCCCUACCUGUGGAACCCCGCCCAGAUACAGGAUCACUAGAGGCUCCUCCCUCACCGGCGAAGGCCUCGGAUGGUUGUCGAUGGCGUCCGAAUCGGGGUUUCCUAGCAACGCUCUGCCGCUUCCUCCUCCUUUUGUAGAGAAAAACUAAGGAUUAACUGAAAAAUCACGAACUUUCUUUCUGUUUUUUAACCUUACAAAGUCGAUAUUUUGUCAGGCAGAUGUUUUUGGACUAGCCUCCGGUCUCCCGCGGUGUAGACCUGGUUUUUCUUUGUUUUUAUUUUUUAUCAAACUUGAAUUUCAAGAUGUAUCCGUGUGGCUUUGAACAAAACGAAAUCCAGUAUAAUCUAUAUUUUGUCUAGUUUUAUUUUCCAAUAAGAAAACGGUAUAAGGCUUAGCAGUCUUGAGUAUGAAAAUCAGAUAUUAAUAUUAUUAUUAUCAUUAUUUUGGUUAUGAUAAUGUUUUAAAGCAUGCGUCAGGCUGUGUGUUGACUCAGUUUGUUUUUUAUUUUGGCAUCAAACCGUUUUAAUGACAUCGGAUGGAAAUGUAAAGUUUUUGUACUAAAUCUGCUCGCUGGGUCUGUUUCUCCUAAUUUUACCUGUUCAGUCGCCAACUUGGAGGUGCAAUGAUGCAUUACUGUUUUCUUUUGGUUUGACCAUAGCUCUUAUUCUUGUAUCUUUAUAGUGAUUUCUUUAGGUUUUUAUGAUGUAACAAUGAAUAAAUAGCGACUUGUAUUGCGUUGUCUAAAGCCAGAUCUCUCUGUGGUCUAACGCUUUGUAUUCUCACACGAUUUAACCUCCAGUCACCGCCACGUUUUCCUGCCUCCGCUUUUAUGACCGAGUCUGGGAAGAUAAGUUUUCUUUGAGUGAACUUUAUUAUUGUUGUUGUUGGUCGCAUUUCUAUUUUCUGAUUUGUUUUUAGAGGAAAUUUCAGGAGCUGAUCAAUGAAGUUAUCGAUUCCGUGUUAGCUAAACAAACGUGUGUGUUACCUCAGCUGUGUGAAUGUUUCUGCUAGCUGUGCUUCGUUAGCUAAGUGGUGCCUGUUAGCUGAAUGUAAGUAAAUGGAAAUGCUGUCCGAGCGCUACGUUAGCUGCUGUGGGGUUGUUUGUUUUUUUCUAUGCGCACGUUACAAAGGCUAGCUGAAUGAAUGUGCUAACUGAACACCGUGCUUGUCUGUUGUGUGUUAACCAGGUGUCGGGUAGGUCUACAAAACCACGUUCCCAAAAUUGUUCUCAAGAUCAUUUAUGCCUAAGGUCACAUGUUCCCAAAGUUGCUUCCCAGUUUCCAGGUUCCUAAGUUCUCAGGCUUCUUUGUUCCAAGGUUAUAUGUUCCCAUUUUUGUUCCCUAGGUGCUUUAUGGUUAAGCUAACCUCUAAGCCUCGUUUCCAUCUCAGGAAGCGCUAAGCUUAUUUCAAGUUCCCUGACAUGUCGGGCAGUCUAACUAAAAGCCAUACAGGGAACAGAAAAUCCCUUUCACAGGUUCCAGCAGUCGUCACGUUGUGUGGCUAACGACUUACAUUACGUAUAGCUGUGGGGAACGUAGCAGUAGUGACUGUUUGGGAACUUGGUGUUACUCUGCGCUCGUGACGUGUUGCACAGACUGUAAAUAACGACUAAUAACAUUUAACCUGAUGCAGAUCGUGGAGAUUUUGUAAACAUUUUAGAGGAAAAGUAUAUUAGAAAAGUAGAGCUGUACGGGAUAAUGUCUGAACGUGGAAGCAUGAGCUCUCACACUGUUACUGCUAAAUGGUGUAAUCUGAUGUGUUAGCAAAAGGCCAAAAACAGCGUUUCUAGGCUGAACGUCCAUCUGUCUCAUUCAACCGCAUGACUAGCAUGAACGAGUGACUCUGUAAAUACGACUUUAAUGUUCGUUAGCCAAACAAACUAGCCGGCUGCUGUACAUUAGCUGUAUGUUCUGUUUAUAUUAGGGCUGGUUUACACUUCAAAAUAAAUGUACAAUUGUUUUGUUGCUGUUUUAUACUUGCACAGAUUGUAAAUGUGUUUUUUUGUUUGUUUUUCAAACGCAGCCGGACUUUGAAUCUACUGAUUAGUUUCUUUAGCGUUAACAUGCAGUUAGCAAUAAAAUUGUUUUGUGCAUAAAUUCACAUUCAUUGAUACUUUUUAAAAAUGUGCUCAUCUGUACAUGUGCUACACUUAGCGUUAGCACUGUUUGUUAGCUGAUCAUUUUUGCCUACUAGCAAAACCUUGUUAGUUGAACGUUAUCAGCUAAGCAAGUGGUAAGGAUUUAAUCUGUGUGUUAGCUGAACGUUUAGCUAAACUUUGCGUGCGUGUUAGUGUAUGUAUGCUAGCGCUGUGUGCUGUUAUAAGUUUUGUUUGUUAGCUGAGCGUUUAAUGAAAAUGUGUGCGUUUUGGCUCAUUUUGUGCGUCGGCUCGGCGCUGUGUGCGUGUUGGCAGAGCAGUUCUCUGAACGUUGUGCGUGUCGGACCACAGAGAGGUUUGUCUUGUCGAGGGAGAUCUGGUUGUCGUUGAAUCAGUGCUUCUGCUUCGUGUAUGUGUGAUGAUGAUGAUGCUGAUAAUAAUGACGAUAAUAAUGAGUUCUCCUGUUCAGGGGUCUAUUUAAAUCUGUUAUGAAUAUUCAUUUUGUCGAUGUGAUGAUAUGGUUUGUGUAAAUUUCCUCUGGCGGGUGCUCUCCAGUUAAAAUGUACUUUGUUAAAGAUGAUAUUGUUUAAUUCACGUGUCGUGUCUAACCGAAGCUGAAUAUGUGUUAUAUUCUCAAGACUGCUAGGCUAACUGUCUCUCUCUCCUCGCCUGUUCCCGUCUGGACGCCGCCACCUUCAACACGCCUGUAAUUGGACCAGACGAGCUGAGCGUUGUCGUCGCAGGCGUGUUGAAGUCCCGCAGCUCGUUGUUGUGGCCCCUCCGAGGCGUGGGGAGCUAUAGUGAAGGGGUUAAACCCCCCCCCCCCCCGGAGUUGUUAACGGUGGAGCGGACGCCAGCCUGGUGUCCGGUUCUCGCAGCGUCUCAGGACCUGAACCAGACACGACGCUCGCUCCACUCUGGCCUAGAACUUCCCAGUCCCGAUCCCGGUCCUGAAGGGGGGACGGGGAGCUUUUUGGUUUUAUGGUUUCUGUUGUUUUUCUAAUGGACAGACGUCCUAACUGUAACCUGCAGAUUUUUCUAUUAGAUUCUAUUGACAGAUAGAGUUGUGUAUGAACCCGAGCCACGAGACUGUCGGUGGUCGAGGAUGAUGAUUAACAUGAGGGUUAAUAAAUGGGCUCAUUCUUUC